CACCACAGUAUCCCGGGACACCGCUCGUUUUGCCCUCAAUUUUGCCCGUCCAUCAUCGCCCCGGGGAUAUCCGAACUUAGAAAAGAUGGAAGGCCUCUUAUUCAACGUGAACAAUGGCUAUGUCGAGGGCAUUGUCCGCGGUUAUCGCAACAGCCUUCUGACGACACCAGCCUACAGCAACUUGACUCAAUGCGAGACCAUCGAUGACCUGAAGCUACAGCUUGGCCCUGCCUACGGCGACUUCCUUGCGUCCCUUCCCCCGAACCCAUCAACAUCUGCGCUCGCCUCCAAGACGACAGACAAGCUCAUCUCGGAAUUCCGAUAUGUGCGCGCUAAUGCCACGGGUUCCUUGGCCAAGUUCAUGGACUACGUGACGUACGGCUACAUGAUUGAUAAUGUUGCCCUUCUCAUUACCGGCACCCUUCACGAACGAGACACGCGAGAGCUUCUGGAGCGAUGCCAUCCCCUGGGUUGGUUUGAGACCAUGCCCGUGCUUUGCGUCGCGACCAACGUGGAGGAGCUUUACAACAGCGUGUUGAUCGAGACACCACUUGCUCCAUACUUCAAGGGCAGUCUCAGCCACCAGGACUUGGACGAGCUCAACAUUGAAAUCGUCCGAAACACGCUCUACAAGAACUAUCUCGAAGAUUUCCACAACUUCGUCAACACUCACUCCGAUAUGGCCGGCACACCCACUGCUGAGGUCAUGUCCAACAUUCUUGAAUUUGAGGCUGACCGACGAGCCAUCAACAUCACUCUGAACUCCUUUGGCACUGAGUUGACCAAGGCAGACCGCAACAAGCUGUAUCCUACCUUUGGAAAGCUGUAUCCUGAGGGCACCUUGAUGCUCUCGCGAGCUGAUGAUGUUGAGGGUGUGCGUCUUGCCGUCGAUGGCGUUCAUGACUACAAGACUUUCUUUGAGGCCGUGUCUAUGGGUGGCUCGUCUGGCCCUGGCAACAUGGGUGGCGGUUCUGCCGACGGCAAGAGCUUAGAGGACAUGUUCUACCAAAAAGAAAUGGAGAUUUCCAAAGAUGCAUUCACACGACAAUUUACCUAUGCCAUUAUUUAUGCAUGGGUCAAGCUUAGAGAGCAGGAAAUUCGCAACAUCACAUGGAUUGCUGAGUGUAUAGCUCAGAACCAGAAGGACCGUAUUGGAAACUUUAUCAGCGUCUUCUGAGCGGCACAUAGACUGAUGAUGUAUUGUCUCGGGGACAGUGUUUGGGCGUAGUUAUAAUAUUGUCGUUUCGUUUCGAGUAAUUGCACGGGAAGGGUUCUUUCAGACUAGGCGCAUAUGGAAGAGGCGAAUGAUUGACAUGGGCAAUCACGCAUCCUCUGAUGGGCUCUAUUGUACAUAUACAGAUGCUUAACUAUUCCUACAACGCUUUUUGUUUUUUAUCCUCAACUCCCCUCCCCUUUACAGAUCGAUUUGUCCCUUCCACGUGGCAGGAGUGAGACCCAGCUUCUCAAGCAUGUUUGUCCACCUCUCACUGCCCCUCUCCUUCCGCUCCAUGUAUUGCAGUAGCUUCUGGCGUCGGUGUACAAGCAAUCUCAGGUUUCUCUUGUUGUGCUUGUCCUUGUAGCCUCGGUUGAUUGCCAGUCCUUCAGACACUGACCUGAUCUUGGCAGUCAGGAUUGCAAUCUGGACUUCCGAGCUGCCAGUGUCUGGUCCUGCACGGCCAGGCAUUGGCGUGGUGUUUGGUGAAAUGGACUGCGGCUUGGGCUUCAGGAAUUGGUCGGUGUUGUGGCGCCCAAACUCAUCAACGAUGCGCCUGACGUUGGCGUGGAAUCGAUCCCGUGCGCUGCCGUUGCUCAGGGCUGUGAUCCUCCGCAGAGCCUCGACGGCUUUCUGGUGCUUCUGGUUAUGCGCUUGCUUCCUCUCCUCUUCUGUGCUGGGGUCCAUUUGCGAUUCCACUACGCCGACCAUGGGCUUCGUCAGGGCAUAGGCAUGCUUGACGGCAUCUUCCAGCUCGGCAUCGGUAAGGAAGUGGUUGCGCAGCCCGGGGGUCGUGGGCAGCUCUCUCGGCUCCUCGAGGGCAUUCCCGCU